CUCUUUUAUAGAAUUUUCAUCCUCCACUAAAACCCAUAUUGCCAAAUCAACCCUCAAGUCAUCCCAUCCACACAGGCAGACCCUCCCCUUCUCAUUCGGAAGGAUUGAGAGGGUACUGCCAUUUGCUCGAUCCGAUCCAAAUUUUUCUUUGAUUUGUAAAUUGGAAGAAAGAGUGGGACUAAAUGGGUAUAGUGUUUACGAGGUUGUUUUCGUCGCUGUUCGGGAACAAGGAAGCUCGGAUACUAGUAUUGGGGCUUGACAAUGCCGGAAAAACCACAAUUCUUUAUCGGCUUCAGAUGGGUGAAGUAGUCUCCACUAUCCCCACAAUUGGAUUUAACGUAGAAACGGUGCAAUAUAACAACAUAAAGUUUCAAGUUUGGGAUCUAGGUGGACAGACGAGUAUUAGACCAUACUGGAGGUGCUACUUUCCCAAUACUCAAGCCAUAAUCUAUGUUGUUGAUUCAAGUGAUACUGAUAGGUUGGUGGUUGCGAAAGAGGAAUUUCAUGCGAUAUUGGAGGAGGAAGAGUUAAAAGGUGCCGUUGUCCUCAUAUUUGCAAAUAAGCAGGAUCUUCCUGGCGCAUUUGAUGAUGCUGCAGUAACUGAGGCCUUAGAAUUGCACAAGAUUAAAAACCGUCAAUGGGCCAUCUUCAAAACUUCUGCCAUAAAAGGGGAAGGCCUGUUUGAGGGCUUGGACUGGUUGAGUAAUACACUUAAAUCGGGAGGUGGCUAACUUUUUGCACAAGGGAUGGAUGAUUUGCUAUGAUGUGGUCAAGGCUGAUUUAAGAAAAAUCUGACCAUUACCGGUAUGGUUUGUGCUAGAGAUUCCAUUCACUGGCUUUCUUCUUGUUACAUUUUCUUAACAAGACGAUGGAUAUAGAAUUUAAAUUUCAGUAAUGUCACAGAUAAAUAUGUUGCUCAACAUUCUCUUAACUUUGUCAUAUUUGAACGUUGGUCUCUCUUACGGGGAGAAAUUUUUUCCCGAUUGUUUGUCAUACAUGGUGUUUGUUAAUGUUUUUAACAAGAAUUUUGUCUCGAUUAGGCACACAAAUUCUGGGAUAUCAAUAAAGUAGAUGUACUGGAGAUAA